AUGACGUCGCCGCGGCCCAGCUCGCCGCCGACCGCCACGAGAAGUCAGUCCGAGAAGCUUCGCACAGGGAACGCAGAAUCCACCACUCCAGCUCUGUCGCAAGCACAGAAGAUGCCAUCGCCGCCCCGAGGGCUGAACUCGAGGAUGUGCCCAGCUCUGGUGUCGCCUUUCUCGAUGACUACGGACGCCCUAUUGCUUCCCCCAUCUCGAGGAGAUAGCCCGCAGUAUGUCUCAUCGCGACACAAACCAUCCCUCCAGACAAGCCCUUACAAGUGCAUCCACCUUCGCUUUGUACCAACACAAGUAGCCUAGUUUAAACAUUGUAAUCUGGUCGCAGCAGCAGCCUGCCUCGACGCCCCUCUUCACGAGUUACUUACAAAAGUCUUGCUCCAACCUCAA